AUGCAGGCAGACCGGGACAGCAUUUCACGGGUGGAGGGAUCUGCCGGGUCCGAGCAGCUGGACUUCGACCCAGUAGAACAGCGAUUUGGCGAGACGGAGCAUGACGCAGCGAUCUACUGCAAGUUCUGCCAGAUGUGGUUGAACGGCCCGACACAGUGGGCAGAUCACGAAAUCGGCAAGAAGCACCAAAAGGCCGUGCGCAGAGCUGCGGGAACAGGCUCGGCAGAGCCCAUGGACUUCGACCAAUCGCAAGACGCCUAUUCCUGGCCGCAGCGGUAUGACGAUGGGUACGGAUGGAAACCGCAGCUCCCGCAGCAGCAGAUGCUGGGGAGCUCCUAUGGCGCAUACGCAGUAUGA